AUGAUUGACAGAAAUCAUACUGCAAUAACUGAGUUCAUUCUCUUGGGAUUCACAGACAAUCCAAAGCUACAGAUCUUCCUCUUUGUGGUCUUUCUCAUGAUCUAUCUGCUGACAAUGCUGGGGAACCUUACUUUGAUUGUAUUAAUCAGGACUGACUCCCAGCUUCAUACCCCCAUGUAUUUUUUCAUCAGCAAUCUGGCCCUCUUGGAUGUUGGAUAUUCCACCAUCAUAGCUCCUAGCACAUUGAUGACUUUAGCUGGGGAGCCGAAAGCCAUUUCACUCGCUGGGUGUGCUAUUCAGUUCUUUUUGUUCUGUAUUGCCGUGUCUUGUGAAUGCUACCUGUUGGCAGUGAUGGCAUAUGAUCGAUUCACAGCCAUCUGCAACCCAUUACUGUACACUGUCAUUAUGUCCAGGCAAUUCUGUGUCAUGUUAGUGGUUGGUUCAUAUUUCAUCAGCUGUCUGAACUCGACAAUUCAGACCAUAUUCAUAUUUUGCUUGUCUUUCUGUGACUCCAACGUCAUUGAUCAUUUCUUCUGUGAUGGACCCCCAGUCAUGACUUUGUCCUGUUCCAGCACCUAUAUCACUGACAUCGUUCAUUUUACCUGCUGUGCUAUGGUUGUAACAUCUACUCUGCUGAUCAUAUUUGUCUCUUAUAUUUACAUUAUAGUUGCUAUCCUCAAGAUCAAAUCUGCCAUGGGCCGACAUAAAGCCUUCUCUACCUGUGCCUCCCACUUGAUGGCCAUCACCCUGCUCUAUGGGACAGGCUCUUUCAUGUAUUUACGGACCAAUUCAAAGUCCUAUGUGGAUCAGGACAAAAUAAUUUCUGUGUUUUACACCCUUGCAAUUCCCAUGCUAAACCCCAUGAUCUACAGCUUAAGAAACAAGGAGGUGAAAGAGGCCUUUAGGAGAACCAUAAAAAGAAAUCAAUGA